GUCGUUUCCCUCAUGUAACUAUGCGACUCCACGCCUGCCGCCUCCCAUAUUUAUGACCCAAUUGGUGCUGGGAGGCAAGGAGCAUACGCAGAGCCUCGUGAGGGUCAGAAUACGCAUAGCCCCUGGUAAGGCACGCUCGGGUGAUUCUCUUAUUUAUUAUGGCUUCUGCGGCAGGGAAUAUGACACGCGCUGCUCUACUUUCCUACCCCAUUGUCACUAUGCACGAGAUGCUAGCCACCGGUACUAGCAAUGGCGGCCGUUUUUGAUCCUAUCCAAGCGGUCUUCCAGGAUGUGAUGCGUGAUUUCCGGGCUGAACUGGACGAUGAACAGGUGUACCGUGACAUAUUGCAGACAACCACAAUCGACCAAGUCCACGAUGCUGCGGAAAAUAUCCAAAAGGAACAAGCCAAAAGCGGUCAUCUUCGACAUUUGUCCAAGAUUUCGCCAUACUUGGACCGCCUUGCCGAGUACGCGACUGUGGUGGAGAUCUUCGUUCAAGCGAAACCGGACGUCUUGGCCCUCAUUUGGGGGCCCAUCAAAUUACUUCUGCAAUGGACGAGCGCCCUUAGGACUUCAUAUGAUGCCAUCGUCAACACGAUGGCUGAGAUUGGUGAACUGCUACCGGAAUUUAAACGAGCGCUCACCAUCUUUAACCAGAAUUCCGUACUAAAGGAUGUCAUGGCCUUAUUCUUCAGGGACUUACUGGACUUCUACUUAGUAGCGUUGAGAUUUUUCAAGCUGCCGCGUUGGAAAUAUCUUUUUGAAUCACUCUGGCCCCGGCACAGGGAUCGAAUCAAAGUCGUCAUGGGCCAUGUUCAGAAUCAUGCGCGUCUGAUGAGGAUCGAAGUCGGUUUGGAACACAUUCAGCAGGAACACGAAGCUCGGCGGCGAGCACUAGAGCACUUUGAGAAGGACGAGAAGUUCCGAAGAACCCAGGAGUUUCACUGCAUCAAAACAGAUAUAGCACCACAAUCCUAUGAUGAUAAACUCGACGGGUUACGAGCCCGUAUCUGUCAAGGCACGGGCCACUGGCUGCUACAGGAGGAGGCAUACAAAAAGUGGCUAGAAACUGCCGCAGAGCCACCAAGAACGUUGUGGUUGCAAGGCAUCCCGGGUGCCGGCAAGACAUAUUUAACCAGCACUGUAAUUGACAAAGUGCGAUCCCUCGGCCACACAGCUUUCGUCUUCCUCAGCUACAAACAGGACCAACGUGCAACUGCAAUAUCUGUGCUUCACUCUUUCAUAUUCCGCUUAGCUUCUGGGGAAGAAGACCUCCAGACAGUGGUUUGUCAAUCCUGUAGCGAGGAAUCCAAACGAAGUCUCCAAGGAGCCGCGGCACUUCUCACCACGGUUCUUUCCUGUACCGGGCCAGCCUACCUCAUAGUGGAUGGCCUGGACGAGAUGGACGAGGAAGAGCGAGGAAUCCUCCUCCCUCAGCUUCUAUCGAUCAUUAAGUCCUCCCACGAAGCUAAGCUUUUCGUUAGCAGUCGGGCCGAGGCCGAUUUGACUUCAAUUCUUCGGAACGAGGCAACAGCCAUACGCAUUGACAAAAGAAAUUCUGACUGUAUUCAGACAUUCAUUCAACAAUGGGCGCAACACUGGUUCAUCGAACGCGAGUUCUGGCCGGAGGAGCAGACUCAGAUCAAAGCUGGCUUAGCACCACUAGCGACGAAAUCGAAAGGGAUGUUCCUCUACGCGAGGGUUGUGCUAAAUGGCAUCCAGUUCCUAGACAACUUUGUGGAUAUUCGCGAGGAACUCAACGCUCUCCCUGAGACACUUGACGAUGCGUAUAGCAGAAUCCUCAAAAGGAUCAAUAGUCUGGAUCGUGACACCAUGAGAGAGAGGGCGCGCAUGAUCCUGGGAUGGAUUGCCUGUUCCCCAACACCACUGACAGUACAGGAAAUUCAACAAGCGUGGAGUAUUGAUCCGGAAAACCCAGAAUACACAAGCGGAAUACAUGGAAACCUCAACCUUGUCCGAAUAUGUGGUCCGAUAGUGGAAGUUAUCGACGACUACGUCCAGUUUGUCCACUUUACGGUUAAAGAGUACCUUUUCAGCUCGAAAAUCUCGGGCUUCAUCGAUAUAAACCGGGCCACCCUUGAUCUUGCCCUGCGCUGCAUUACUUAUCUUUGCCAAGCACACCACGACCCAGCCUUGACGGAUGACCAAGUCUACCAGAAUAUCCGCACGGGGGCAUAUGUACUGGAUUGGUUCGCCACCCGUAUGUGGCCGCAACUCACCCGGAAGUAUCUUAGGGAUACUCUGACUCAACAAGAGGCGCCUCGUUCAGAACUAAUUUCGCAUCUCGAAAGGCUCCACUAUAAGAGGCUCCAGAACGAAACACUGGAAGACAAGGACGACGACGAUGAUAUUGACAGUCUUCUCCCAGGCCUGGGCGAUAUCAAACAGACCCAUCCAGAAAUAUACGGGUUGGUAGGCCAGACAAUACGAUUUCACCGGCUUUGCAAGGCCUCAGAGGCUCGCAUGUCCCGCGGAGCGCCUUGGAUAGACCUUGACCCGCUGGGGAACUCGGAGCUAUCCGUCCGUAUACAUGAAGCAAUUGAAUGCCCACCCCAUCAGAUCAGAGACAAUGAAGGCGUUCAUUGGGCGACGAUGCAACGAUGGUAUGGUAACCGGCCUCAUAAAUGCAAAUACCUGUAUUGCCAAUUCAACCGUGUCGGCUUUCAGCACGCUUCAGAAGGGAAAUCUCACGAGAAAUUCCAUGAUCGCCCGUGGAAAUGCAGUAUUCCUGGCUGCGAGUACGCGGAAGGCGGCUUUCUAUCUAGAAAGAUGCGCGACGACCAUCUCGACCGAGCUCAUUCGAACCAGAACGAACGUACCUUCGAUCUCGGCAGUACAGGCGACGAGAACGAGACUAAGCUUAUGCUUCUGGACUUGAUAAAAGCAGGCUUGGUAGAUGCAGUGGAAAAUAUGCUGUCAUCUCAUGCCGAGUUCACAGUCAAACACGCAGAUGAUAUGUUCCGGGCCGCCAUUGAGUCUGGGUCCUUAUCAAUGGUUGAAUUCUUGGCACCGAAGCUGGGCGACAGUACGCUGCAAACCGAGGCGACGCAGCUGGCUACUCGACUCAACCAGGCCGAGAUAUUCCAAUUUCUCGUUUGCCAAUAUCCCCACUGUCGUUAUUUGUAUCCAGCCUCAUGGAAGAAUAUUAUAUCACUAGGCAGCUGCCAGAUGGCUGACAGCUGGAUACAGGCUGUGGCUCCCAUGGCAUAUGAUGAAGAAACUAGGACACGAUUACACUAUUAUGCGACAGCCUCCGGCCGCUCAGUCUUAAUUCGGACUGCGGCUAACGACAGGGCUAAAGAAAAGCCCCUCAUCCAGCUGUGGGAAUUCGGGAAAUCGUUGGGGGCUAUUAAGGCCUCAGAUCUCGGGGGCUUCUUAAUUGAUGUUGCUAAAACGACUUGCUCUACUAAUCUUGCCCAGUUUCUUCUCGAUUCUGGUGUCGACGUGGACUCUCGCCGGAGCCCUAAAUACUUUACCGCACUUCGUUAUGCUACUAAACAAGACACCGCUGAGGCAUCGGCUUUAAUAAAGUUCCUGCUUCUGGCCGGCGCCGAUCCCGACAUCGAGCAGGAGUUUAUAGCCUCUACUACUCGUAGGGCCGAUUUUGUGACCAAAAUGGAGGAUGAGAAGGGGGCACGAGGUAUUUCGAAGUGGUUGGGUAUCACCUGGAACGAAUUGCUGAAAGAGACGGAGGAAUGCAGAAGUAAGGGCAAAGCUGAGAAGAAAGAGACACGGGGGCUCAAAAGGAAACGAAGCGCGAAAGAUCAGGAAGAGUCCUGAGAUCCCGAAUGCAUAAUACCCGUCGCAGCUUGUUUAAAAGUUGAAACUUAAUGCAACUGACAUUAGCCAGGCAUGAUAUUAUAGUUAGCAUUUCCAGUUCGGAUGGUGUGAAUAGUUUAACCCCGUGCCCGAAGUUGACCUCCAGCCGCCGACAUCUAUGCGAUGCUACUAAAGUGUCUUUGUCAACGAAACAGAAAAAGGGUCGGCCUUAGCAGAGACCAGAUAGCCUUACCUGGC